AUGAAUGAGAAUGAGUCAAUUUCUGAGUACUAUAACAGAACAUUGACUAUUGUUAAUCAGAUGAGAAGAUAUGGAGAAAAGAUGGAAUCUCUUCAAGUGAUAGAGAAGAUUCUCAGAUCACUCAGUCCCAAGUUCGAGCAUGUGGUUAUAGUAAUAGAAGAGUUCAAGGAUCUCAAUGCCAUGACCACCGACGAGUUGAUGGGUACACUUGAGAUCCAUGAACAAGGAAUCAACAAGAAGAUUCCCUCAAGUUCUCUAGAGCAAGCUUCUCAAUCAAAGUUGUCUUUCAAAGAUGAUAGAAACGAGCAAGGAGGGACAUCACAAAGAAGCCGAGGAAGAGGUCGUGGUCACAAUAACCGAAAUUCUAGUUUUCGAGGAAGAGGUGGAAGUGGUCCAGCCAGAGAAGGAAGAAGUCAACCACACUUUGCUCCAAGAGGAAGAGUAAGAGGUAGAGGAGGUGGUUACAACAACCGACCAAGAUUUGACAAAAGCAAUGUUCAGUGCAACCAGUGCCACAAGUUCAGGCAUUACAGCAAUGAAUACCGAAGUAGAACAACAACAGAAGCCGGAGAUCAAGCAAAUUUUGCCGAGCAGGAAACAAACAAAGUUGGACCUACAGUCGUAUUUGUCCACCAUGGAGACCCUGAAAACCAAAACAAUGUUUGGUAUCUAGAUUCGGAAGCCAACAACCACAUGUGUGGUAGAAAGGAGUUAUUUGUCGAGCUUGACAAGACUGUAUAA